AUGGAGCCGUCAAUCUGGGCCAAUGGGCGGCAUCCGAUCCGCAGGUUCCGCCCCUUCCUGCCUGAACCGCUGCAGCCAGCGUUUCUCUUCUCUUCAGACGUCGUAUCCCUCGUCUGCGGUUUCAGAAUGAAUCGCCUGCUCUACUUGUUUGUUCUCCUGUUUGCUGCAGUUGAAAUGACGGCGGCAGGCCUCUUCAAGGUGAAGUGUAAGGAGGAACAAGUCACAGCCAAGGCUGGAGAUGAUGAUGUCAUCCAGUGCCGAUUUUACCGUGGAAAUAAAUUUGGAAGUCUGGCUUUUGUUUGGAAGAAGGUGGAUACUAAGGGGAUUGUCUACAAUUAUUCGUGGAGUCAAGUCAAUCAGACAGAGCAUGAUCCCAGCUACCACAACCGCGCAGAGGUCUUUGCCAGUGAGAUCCCUGAAGGGAACUUGUCCCUGAGACUGAGGAAUGUGUCUCUGUCAGAUGCUGGAAUCUAUAAGCUCCAUGUCUCCAGCCGAUCUCAAAGUACCGAUGCACAAGUCUUCCUCAGCAUCCGAGCUCUCGGCACACAGCCAGUCAUUCAUUCGUCUGGUGACGACCUGGGACUGUUGGUGCUGGUCUGCGAGUCUUCUGGGUGGUACCCAGCUCCCAGUGUCACCUGGGAAAAUGGAUUAGGCAAGAAUCUGACCAGGCACUCGCACACAGAGCAUUUUAAUUGCAAAGGUGGCAGUGUCUGUGUGAAGAGCACGUUAGAGCUGAUGAACUGGCCCACCGGCAACUACACAUGCACAAUGUGGGACCAGCAAUUGGAUGAAGGAUUAUCAACAACUUUCUCCUUGAUUCACAGGAUACCUUUGGGAACAGUGAUUGGUGCUACCGGAGCCAGCAUCUGUGCACUUGUCUUGAUUUUGGCUGUCUGUUGGAGUUGGUGGUAACAAGUGGGCAAUGCAACUGGGGUCCUGUGGUUCCCCCUGUGUGACUGUCUAUAUCACUGAAGACUCUGCUGGUUAAAAGAAACCUCUGGUGCAGAUGCAGAACAAACUUGAAGGGGGUGUAAAGCACUUGGCUCCACUCUGUACGCAACAAAGACUCACCUCCUUUCCCAUUGACACUAGAGCCAACUGCAUCCAUGCACUCAACUUUCUUUGAAAGCAGCAAUUCCUGUAGUAAACUGCAUGGGGAACGAUGCUGUCGGCAAAGAACAAAACUAUCAAAGACCGGUGCUGUGUUAAUGGGUUUGUUUUUGCACUUUACAGUGUGGUACCAGCACUGUGUUGUAGCAAGUGUUCCAAUGGUAAACCUGUGUAUCGCUGCAAAAACUGACUUCUACAAUCAGGGACACUGCAAAUCGAUUUCUGACAACUAUUGAAUUUUCAAUUUAUGACCUGUCUGUAGUUAUAGCAGUGACUUUACUGAAACAAUAACUGUAGACUCACUCAGUCUGUUUAUACCAUUGAACCGUGCACUUCAAGGACCAUACACGGCUAGCAAUGAAUAGAUUUGGACAUCUUAUCAUCCAGUGAGAAGGAGAUUAAACUGGCAUAAUUAAAUUUCUUAAGUGAAGUACAGCAUAACUCCUUAAGAUGUUGCUGUGGAAGCGAAUCUGUAUUAUUGGGACGGAUGGAUCCAAGAUUCCAGAAGUAUUGUAAGGGAAAAGGUGUUUAUCUUGGUACAGUUGUCACACUUUUCAUUGUAACUUUCAGUCCUUUGGUUUGGAAGUGACAUCUCGAAACAAUCCAGUGUUCUAACUACUUUCUCUACCUCCCAUUUCUUUCACCUGAGAAUUGGGGACCCAUUGUGGGUAAGGUUUCCUUUUUCACCCUUUCAGGCACGGGAUACACUGUCAGAAUGAUGAGUUAGAUUGCAGUAAACUGCAAAGGUUUUGAGUAUAUGAUGAUGCAAAUAAUACUGUUCCACUCCAUGCCUCAACCAUUUCUCUUUACAAAGUGCCCCAGUCCUGUUCUCCAUCAGCUAAUCUCUCUGUGAGGAUCCAAUCUUUAAACAAUGUUACAUUUAUUACAACUGUCUAGGUAAUCUCAAUUUUUUAUUGAGUCACUUCCUGGCCUGUAGUGUUCCUGGGGAAAUAAAAAAACAAUUCUGGAACAGGUUACAGCUCACCAUUCCCAGUCCAGCAGUGGGAUCAUAUUUUCUGUUGGGUUGUAACUAAUGCGGCUAAGUCUGCUUGUUUAUUGGCAUAAUGGUAGGGGGUGCACUGCCUUGGUGCUUUGAUACAGCACAAGGAUUGGCUGGGAUCAUCCUAAAGCAGCUGAUAGUCCACCAUACUGCACGUUUGACCUCUGUUGUGUACGGGUCCAUAGUAGAAGGCACAAUGCUUCUUUGAAACUAUGAGUUAAUGAGGUUUCAGAUCAGAUUCGGUAUUGAGAUUUGAAACUGUCAUUCUGGUUAUGCAAAAUAAUUUCUACAUACUUCAGCUUUCCAGCCCCUCCAAAUUGCACAAGUUGCUUUCAUUGUUGACUGACCAUUAUUCACUCCCGGAGUUGUGAUGUUGAACUUGAUUAUGCCUCGCAAAGUUGAUCUGUAAAGCCUGUCCUUUUACAUUUGGUUUUCCACUCCCCAAUUGUUGAUAUGCUGAAGAGACAAAGGUUAAUACAGUAUCUGUAUUGUUAUAUAAAAUUACGUCUCUGAGUAACACUGACAGUGGAAGAUCCUGACUUCCACUGUGUGCAUUGACUUUUCUAUGCAGAGCCAUUGUUUCAAGAACAUAUCCUGUGUUGAAACCAGUACCUUUUGUACACAGCCUCCUAUUGUUAUAGAUGUUUCCUGCUCCAAUUUCUGCAUGUUGGACUUCCCAUAAGUACUUUAGUUAGUCAUUAUCUCAUUUCCAGUUUCAAACUUGACCUGGUUAGUUUUAGUAACUGAUGUCUCGAUUUCCAAAGGACUAAGACAAUUGGCAGCAAUUAUGUUCCAUGCAGUGAGUUUGGAGAUCAUAGUUGUUGAGUGUAGCUCAGAUGAAGCUGACUGGAAAUGUCCACAAUCAACUUCCCUCUGAUACAGAUAUGGACUGUCACACCAACAUAAACAAGAAUGGCUGCAAGCUUUGUAAUUGGUUCCCAUAGUGCUGGUAAGCUUGCCAGUUCUGGUGAAGAGUAGAGUAGAGUGUAAAUGCUGGGCCAUUGAAUGGACCUGUGCUAAGCAUGGGGUCAGACAUGGGAAUGCUAGGUUCAAUAACUGCAAUACUACAGAGAGUAUUAAAUUGCAGUAAUGCCAAUUCUGUAGUGUAAGGUUAGUAGAUAUUAAUAUUUGCCUUUUCUGUAUGAUUUUCUGUAUAAUGAUUGGCUAAGCCUGUGUUCACUGGCUCCUGUUCACAACUUCCUUCUGUUGGUCAGUUACCCAGAGAGGGGAGGGAGAGUUGACAGCCUUGAGUUUGAUGUCUCACACAAUCACAUUAAGUGUCAAGUCACUGAUCAUUUUUAGUUCUAUAACCCUUGCCAAACAAAAACAUGGAAAUGUGUUUGUUUAAUGAUGUUUGUCUCUUUCCCCUCUGAUUCAGAGGCUUUGACAUUUAAAUACAUCAAUAAUUUAG